GCGGCAAUCGGCACGAGCUCGUUCACUGACACAAAAUAACAAAGCAAAACUGAUAAAUUUUUAGAUCUCUGCUAAAGAAUUUCGCUGAUUUCUCCGAUUUAAAUUAUCAUUAAAUUAACUACAAUUAUAGCUUAAAUGCCUUAAUAGUUUGCAGUCUAUAAACUUGUAAAUUAUAGGCGUCAGUCAGGGUCAGGGUCAGCGAUGGAGCAAAAAUUGGAGUUAGAAGGACGCCUCGAACCACCGACUGAUUUUGCCUUCCCAUUUACGCCCUACGACAUCCAAGUAAAAUUCAUGACAGCCCUCUUCUUAGCGAUGGAAGAUAAGCGAUUGGGAAUUUUUGAAAGUCCGACUGGCACGGGUAAGUCACUCAGCUUGCUUUGUGGCGCAUUGACCUGGCUCCAGCAAAGGGAACAAGAACGGGUCAACUAUUUGCAGGAAUUACUGAACAGCGUGGACAUCACGGAGCUUGAUCGCAAAGAAAAAGAGUCAAAUGACUGGGUCAAGGCGCAAAUUGAAACGAGAAGAAUAAUUGGAAUGGUUUCGAAGGCACGGAGAGAACUCUCCUUCCAUCAAGGACUCAUCAAAAAGAGGAGCGAUUAUCUUAAGAAGAAAUCAGAAUUGGCGAACCGACAAAAAUUCUCCACAAGUACGAAGAAGCAAGUUACGAAGGAAGACGGGGAGGAAAAGAAGAACGAUGGAGGCGAACCAGACUUGGACGAUUUAAUUUUAAAUGACGACUUCGCCCCGACAAAUUACUCUGAUUCUGAAGGAGACGAUGACGAUUUGGAUGAAGAACCCGAAUUUUAUUCUUAUCGGAUUAUCUUUGCAUCCCGAACACAUUCUCAAAUUGGUCAAUUUGCGAAUGAAUUGAAACGUACAAAAUUUGCAAAAGAAGUCACUGCAGUUUCGCUCAGUUCGCGUCAAAAUCUUUGCAUUAAUUCUGAAGUGACUCGGCUUAAAAGUUUGUCCUUGAUUAAUGAAAGAUGCCUCGAUCUUCAAAAAAGUAGCAAAGGCAAGCAGACGUCAGAAAAUAAAAAGCAAAAAACAUGUUCAGGCUGUGAAUAUUUUAACUUUUCCGGAAUUGAGGAAUUGAAGAGUCAAAUUUUAUCAGAACCAAUGGACAUCGAAGACUUGGUCAAUGCCGGAAAAAAGUGUGGGGCUUGUCCUUAUUACGCAUCCAGAAAGGCAGCAAAAGACGCCCAAUUAGUGUUAGUCCCAUACAAUACAAUUUUGCAUUCUGGGACGAGAGAAGGCGUUGGACUGAAAGUGAACAAGUCCGUCAUUCUACUCGACGAAGCUCACAAUUUGAUUGAAUCAAUCUCAAACAUGUACUCAAACUCGAUCACUUUCCAGCAACUGCAAGAUUGUUCGAACGCUUUGAAAUCCUAUAUGACCCGAUAUAUGAGCAGAUCCAGUACAAAAAACUUGCUAAAGUUAAAACAAAUUGCAUUUGUUCUGAAGUCGUUGCUGCAGUUUGUUGGAAGCACAGGAGACGCAGAAUCCAAAAUUUUGAGUAUUCAUGAAUUUAAAGUCUCGAUUGGAAUUGAUAAUUUGGAUCUCUACGAGCUAUCAAAGUUUAUUAAGGCUUCCAAGCUAAUAUUUAAGUUGAAAGGAUAUGUGCACCAGCAAGAAAAAAUUGCCACGAAGAAGGAAGAAGAAUCUCAAAAGAAAGCAGACGAGGGUACCAAUUCAAAGAAAGAAUCCGUUAAUAAUCGACUUAAAGGAAAAGAAAAUAAGAAGAAUUUAACCCCAAAUCCUGCCCUUGAUAAUCCUGUUGUUGAGAGGAGGACAAAAUCCUUUGCGGGACAAGCUGUCCUAAACUUUAGUGAAUUUUUCAAAUCCCUCUUAACUUUUGAUGCGGAAGGUCGAAUCAUUCUGGAAAAGAAGACGCUAAAGUUCCUACUUUUAAAUACAUCAGAUCAUUUUCAAGAAUUGAUUAAAUCUGCUCGAAGUAUAAUCUUGGCUGGUGGCACGAUGAAGCCGUACGAUGAAAUUGAAGAUCAAUUGUUUCAAUCUGCCAGAGACAGAAUUUUUCACUUUUCUUGUGACCACGUCAUUCCAGAUGAAAAUAUUGUCUGUUUAGCCCUCAGCAAGGGGCCGACCUCAACACCGUUUGACUUUACAUAUAAGAACAGAAGUUCUCCAGCCCUGAUGGAAGAAUUAAGUCGUAGUUUGCUCAACUUGAGCAAAAUGGUGCCCGGUGGACUUGUCUGCUUUCUCCCGUCCUACGAUUAUGAAACAACGCUAUUCACACAUUUGCAAUCGUCAGGAUACAAAGAAAAGAUCGAAGCUAGGAAAAAGAUAUUCCGAGAGCCAAAAGACUCAAAUUGUGACCUCAUUUUAACCGAAUACUCUCGCCAAAUCAAAAACAAUCCCGGUGGUGCGGUCCUCUUUGCCGUCGUGGGAGGAAAACUCAGCGAAGGGAUCAAUUUCAGUGAUGAUCUCGGACGUUGCGUUGUCGUAGUUGGUCUCCCGUUUCCAAACAUAAUGAGUUUGGAAAUAAAAGAGAAAGUAAAAUUCGUCUCGAGCCGAUUAGGGUCCGAAAAAGGCAAUCAACUCUUAACUAACAUGUGUUCCAAAGCUGUCAAUCAAUCAAUCGGUCGCGCCAUUCGACACUCUUCCGACUACGCAGCCAUCAUUCUGCUAGAUCACCGGUACACUCGACCCCUUCAACAAGCCCAGUUGCCAAACUGGAUCAAUAAACGGUUCCAAGCCUGUGAUAACUUUGGCCAAGCGGUCAAAACCGUGUCCAACUUUUUUAAUGGGAAAGCCCUAAAUUCUAAACCACUUUAAUUCAACAUUACAAUUUAUUCAGUUCCAACCCGAUAGAUCGUUACGAGUCAUUAUGUCCCUGUAAUUUACAGUUAAUGCAUCACUAAAAUUGUCAAAAUCAGCACAUUUCUAAUCAUUUCUCCAGAUUUUGACACUUUCUAAAGGUGGAGAUCUCAAGGUUAAGAACCCUUCAAAAAAAUUGGAACUUAUCAAAACUGGCUUAAAACCUCACCUCCAUUCCAUUAAUCAACUCACUGACUACAAAUUUGUCGUCCAGAAUUUUAGAAUAAAUUCCCAGAGCCGAAAAAUGAUUAAAAACACGUGCUGACUUUGAGCUUUUAGUGAUGAGUUCUAGGUUAAAUAUUCAGAUUUAUACAUAUAUCUACGUUAAUCAUCAUUUUCAAAUUAUAAUUAUUCAUUUAUGUAAUUUAUAAUUAACUAUUCAGAUUUACGUUACUCAUCACUUUUACAUUACGUUAUACUAUCUGAACUAUGUAUGCAUUUAUUUAUCUGCUAUAAAAAAGUGGAAAAUGAAUUAAAAGUGCAUGCUAAUCAUAAAAUUUA